UCAAACGGCAACACAUCGGUUAGCGUUUCUGUCACAUUCAUCUCUCUCGUUUCGAAGCACCCGAGUCAAAGUUGUGUUGUUGAUCGCGUCUCGAAUUUAUCUUCGGCGUUGUUCGUGCCACGUGAACGCGAAGCGCACGCUUUUCGCGUGUUUAAAACCGUCCGACCGUGUCGAACAACGAAUUCCUACGUGUUUUUAACCGCGAGCUUUUCAAACAGUGCACAUUAUGCGCUGUGGUAACGCGAGUGUAGCGGAGUGUUUUGACACGAGCCUUGUGAGGUGAUUUUCUGUGAAACCUCCUGUUCGAUGAAUGAAGAAGAUAUCGUUGUCCAACGAGAAUAACGCGGGAGGAUUGAUCAUCGAGGAUGCAAACCGACCUGAGUGGAGGAUCUGGUCUCGCUGUGGUAGCGGGGGAUGUGCUUGCUUUGCGAGGAACAGGACUUGCCGCUGCCGAAACAUGGGCUCUCCUAUGCCAGGCUGCCCAGGCCCUCCAGGACCUGUUCCUGUCAAACGGCGGCGUGGUGGGUGGUUCGAGAGCCGGACCAGUGGUAACACCUCACACCUUGGAGUUAACACCACGUGGCAGGGUUUUAUUGCAACUUGCACCACCCGAAACAGCGAGGGCAUAUCUUCCACCGGAAUAUCGACCGGGUCGUGUAUAUUCCGACACUGAUUCUGAAAAGAUGUGGAUGUAUUCGCUAGGAAGGGCAUUAUUAGACACGACCCCGAGAGUCGCAGCAUUGACAGGAACGGUUUCCGUUUCACCCUCGUCUGCGCUUCAAUCCGUUUUAGCAGCCAUGACGGAACCCGAUCCUCGAAGACGAGCUUCCUUGAUGAAUCUCCUAGACGUGAUAUCCGAGUAUUGCCGCACGCGUCUUCAAUCAAAGCCCUUCACUCACAUAGUGAUGGACAUGUAUCGGGAAGUAAUGAAAUCCCCUCAGUACGCCGCUCGAAAACGCUUAGCGUACCAGCAUCUAAAUCCACCAACACCGUUGCGCAAUCCCUUAGAAAUGCCGGAGCACAAUCUUCGCCAGGGUAAUUACCCCCAUCAUCAUCAGCAACAUCCGCAGCAAUUGGAUCCCCUUCACAAUGGCCAGGCGAAAAGUGUUCAUCAGUAUCAGUAUCAAGAUCGGUCCUAUCAUAUGACCAAUCAGUACAAUGCUCUUCGACAGACCCAGCAACGUCCACCUACUCAGUUUCACCCGCACCAGCAUCACCAACGCCUUCAGGAGCCUCCUCAAUUAGCUCAGCCGACCAAAGUGCAUCAUUAUCACCAUCACCAUCCGGCGAAGGGCGCGCUGUUCAAGCUACAAUCGAGAAAUUCGCAUUCCCAUCCAAAUUUGCCGAGUCUGUGCGGCCAGCAGCCGCAAAAUCGGCGGCAAGAAGGAAAUUUCGAAGAUCGUAGGACACAGUUUCAAUCGCAAUUGAACGUUCAAACGAAUGGACGAAGCGUUGGUCCGGCGAUACAGCAUCAACGACGCCAUCAUUCGAGGACCUACUCCCAGCCGAUUUAUACCAGAUUACAACACACCAGGAGCAGUGGCAAUUUACCCUCUACCAUCGGUGAAAAUAAUUCUGGAGGGAAUGUUUAUAGCGAUCCUAUUUACGCGUUGCCUGUGAAGCCGUUCCUCAGCUCCCAAGAUGUCAGGGUGAAUGGACUAUCCGUGAAGCCACCUGGGGGUCAUCGUAACGAGGACGUUUAUGCUGUCACGACGAUAGCAAGGCGACCGUCAGCAGCCGGUUAUUCCCAUCCGGACAUAGCAACGUCGUCCGUAGGACGAGAUGAGGUUUACGGGCGAUCAACGAACGUCACGUUACAGAGGCAACACUCAAAUCCCCAGCUGCCCAGCAGGAAUCAACAAGAGGAUGAUUUUAAGCUCCACUCGGAGCAGAAUGUUGCGACGGCCGAUCACAGGUGUCCGAGAGGGAAAGAGGAGCAAUUAAUUCAACAACAAAAUCCAGUGUCUUCCAUACGAGCGAGAAGUGUUCAAGGGCCACCAAAGCCACCCCGGAUAAUUACCACCCUGAAGAAGGCUCCCUUCUCUGAUGCGGAGAGCAGUAAGUCGGAACCUCCUGCAAAACCACCUAGGAAUCUGGUGAAGAAUGGACCAAGGGCUCGACGCGGUAAAGCAGUACAAAGAGCACCGUCCCGCCUAUACAGAACAGUGGGUGGACCCAUGAGGUCUUUCAACAAAGCCCAAUGUAUUGGUCCUGAAUUCGUAGUACGGGCCAAUCAACCACCCAAAACCCUAUGUGUUGGCCAAGCAAAGACUGGCAAUUCUGGACGAAUCGUUGUAAUAAUGUUGACUGGUCAACGUGUGGAAGUGACAUGCGAUCCUCAGAAAGUCACAGCCGGUGAUUUAUUUCAGGCCAUCGUACAAGCUGAAAGCCUCGAUGAAAACUUCACCCUUGGCCUGGCUGUGUUAUUAGCGGGUGAUUUCGCGAUUUUACCCCCUGACACUAAAUUGAAUAAAGUUGCGCCACCAGGAUGGUUAAGCAGCGGCAAAAGCAAAGGUCUUCUGGGUCUUCCAACUAGUUUUAUGCUGUAUCUGAGGCUCAGGUUCUUUCUACCUUCUCUUCGUGGUAUAAGAAGUUGGAUAUCGAAACACCUACUGUAUCUGCAAAUACGUCGAUGUAUAUUGGAGCAACAGCUGGUAUGCCCGUAUCACGAGUUAAUUAAUCUAACCGGACUCGCUCUGCAGGCUGAAUUCGGGAAUUAUAACGCGAACGAACACGGUUGCGGUGAUUACUUCCUGCUCGAGCACUAUAUCCCGGAAUCCCUGAUUUUAAACAUGGACCAGCCUCAGUCGCAAAUCAACACCGGAGGAGCGGAGGCUCUUCGAGCGCGACUCCACCAGGCCCAUCGCGAUAGACGUGGUUUGGACUCGAACAAAGCUGAAGACAUGUUUGUAACUCACGCACAAACAUUGCCGGAUUACGGAUCUCAUUAUUACAUAGCAACCGUGGACUCGAAGGAAUUGGAGAAAGUGAUGGCCCAACAGAGGAGAAGAAAGAGCAAUGACAAUCGCGACGUGACUGACGGUCCAGAGAAUAUUUACUCUCAGAAUAAACAAGAAUAUCCGCUGCGUGGUAGAGUCGAGAUAACUCGAUUAGGUUCCUGUGAGAAUAUCCCAAAGAUUUCGUACGAGGAGAAGAAACUUGGUGGUUUGAUGAAGAGUGCGACCUCGGCGGAUAUAUACUCGGCCCAGAAGUCGUCCAAGUGUCGUGUGGAAUCGUGCAACAAUAAUAACGUUAACAAUGUUAAUAACAAUAACAGCUUGAAUCACGGAAAGAGUGGUAAAAGUGGAAAGAAGAAGACUGAAAGUAACGUCUGGCUGGCUAUACACGCGCAAGGAUUGAAAUUGUUCGAGAGAGGUGGCGAACCGAGGGAAAGAAUUGAACUGGCACAGUUUCAGUGGAAGGAUAUUCAGACGUUGAGUUAUAGCAAGAGUUGUUUAGUUGUUUAUAGUAAAGUGAACGGGAAACGGUGCAAGUUCAAGCUCAGGAUGGAUCAUCGAAAAAGUUACUUCGCUUUCAAGCUCACAUCUUUGCAUCACCAGUUCUUUUUAAGGCUGCGUUCGGAGCUUACUUCGCUUCAGGGACUCGCGAAAGAAUUUGGAGUCCCCACAACGAUGGAAGCGAAACAAUCGCCAUCCAAGACGAAAUCCCACGACAGUAAAACGAAAAUAGCCAUAGCGAACACGGUAAAGAACGUGCAGUUGAGGCCAAGUUACGCGAUGCAACUGGAAGAGUAUCAGAACAAAGAGAACGAAAAUCCUCAGAAAGAUACAAACGCGAUCCCAAAGACGAAGGAUGUCGUACACGAGCCCGGUAUCUACUUAUCCGAAGAGGACGCGCUUUACGCGCAAGUGAACGUUCGACUGGAACCGGAAGGCGAGUCACGUGAUACGGAAGAUGAAUCCGAGAGAAGUUUAACGACAUCCAACGAACCGCUUUCGUUGGAUGGCCAAGGGAUAAAGAACGAUGGUAAACUUUACAAUUGUCCACGAAUAGAAUUGGACACUGAGACGGAGUGCGGUUAUUCGCUUCCAAAAAUCAUGUCCACCAAUGAUAUGGACCAACUGGAUAAACCGGAAAAUCCUGAAGAAUUGUACGCAGCGAUCAACAAGGUCGGGAUUUCGAGGAAGAAUAAGUUUCCGGUCCCGGAGGAGGUUUGGGAUGUGUCGGAUGUGAAGAAAUCAUUGCACAAGGUGAAGACCUCUAGUUUACCAAAUUAUGGAACACCCAGGCAGACAGGGGGUUACCGUACACCGAGCUUACCACGUCGUCUAGGGGUGAAGAUGGGAACACGAGCGAUUUACAGUAGCCUCGUGCAAAAAGACACCGCCCUUACCGACGACAUGGAAUCUCUGUCGCUAAAGUCAGACACAGAAUCGUCGAUUCAGUCGUUGUCUGCAAGGUCCACGGAAUCUCCUCCACCGGAAGCAUACGUGCUCAACGCAGAUAUUCGAACAGACGACGAGACGUUCCACGUUACCGAAGACGAAUCAAUGUCUGCUUCUUUAGCGGCACGUCUCGAAGAAUUAUCUUUCGCCGAGGAACGAAUUCUCCAAACUAUUAAAUUGGAAAGAGGUCACGGCGGUAGUAUAGGAUUGCAAGUGACGGAAGGUAACGAUGGUGGCGUUUACGUCCAAGCGGUAUCGGUCGGAGGAUCGGCCGAUAUGGCAGGAAACGUGAAUAAAGGCGAUCGUAUCGUGGCGAUAAACGGGCAGAAUUUAUUGCACCUGCGAUAUGAGGAUGCUCUGAAGAUGCUGCAAAGCACUUCUGACACGAUCGAACUUGUCCUUUCGCAAUCUACUUCUCGUAAAAAAGUCACCUCCAGGCAGAAUCAUCAGCAACCCGCGGAUAAUAAUUAUUUGAAUGACAUCAGAUUCGACGUGUCCUCGGAAGCGGAUACGUCGAGUAUGACGAACAAAUGGCUGGUACAAAGGACUACCGAUGUUGCAUCAGUGCAAAACACCUCAAGUGCAUACAGCAGUGCUGCAUCGAGUGCAAUGGGUAAUCACAACGCAAACAACCUGUACAUGGGCGAUCUCGUCGAUAAUGGCCCUCUUAAGUCCGCCAGUAUGUUGCUUAGUAUAGAAGACUUCGACGUCAGCAGGACGAGUCGCCAAGUUUUUAUUUACGCAGAGUCGACGAGCGCACCGCCGGUCCCGCCUAGACGCAAGAAGCGAAAACCGAAGCCCGCGGCGAUCGCUAGAUCUCCUGUUUCACGAGAAACUUCACCGAGCGCGGCUCUCGAGAAGCCGGAUAGAAAGCGUUCGGCGCCUCCUCCGCCUCCACCGCGGACAGCUCGACGAAUCAAAUCCCGUCAGUCAGAGGGAAGAGUUUCGAACGAUCCAGAAACAGCCCGUGCCGAAGAAACGUCGUACGAUCGCGUUUCCAUUAUAAACGAAACGCGUAAUAACGAAAAGAAUUCAGACCGUGUCGUAGAUUCGCCAAGAAAAUCACGACUCGCGUUCACCAAGAAGGAGACCAACAAGUAUCCUCCGCUCUUCUUCACCCUGCACGACUUUCAAAAUGUUAUGUCAAGCACGUUGCAACAGGGAGACGAUCUGGCGGACAAAUCGUCCACGGAGUUCGCCACCUCCCUUAACGAUCCUCGCCGACAGUCCUUCGAGAAUUCGUUGGACGACGAAGAGAACGAACUCUGUUUCCGUGUCACCACUACGAAUCUACCGUUCGAGAGGUGUUUGGACAGAUGGACCGCCACGUUUGCCGACCACUUUAUCGACAAGUUCGACGAGUCGAAUCGUUUCAUCUUCGAGGACUACAUCGACAGAAGCAACAAGGUAAACGUUCGUCGAUCGACCGGUCCGAUGUGCUACGACAGCUACGAAGAGGAGCCCUCGGUACCUCGUUUGACCAAGGUGAGAUUCGUGAUCGAGUCGCCGAGCACCUCGACGCCGGACGAGGACGAGGAACUCGUGUGCGAUAGUUUAGGAAACAUAGAGCCUCUGCUGGACGAGGAAGUUAACUUCUGUCGCGGAUCUUCCGUGCGAUUGACCGAGAUCGCCGAUGACACGGAUUGUUCGGAGGGAAUCGAGGAUGAGAGUCGUCGGGAUUCAGAUGAAUUUGGAGAUGUGCCCCUCACCUCGAUCUUGAGGACACGAAAUCAUUCCACCGAGCGGAUGUCGCUGGAAGAUGCCUCGAAUAUCAUUGAAUUCACUGAUCAAGAAUCCUUCUUAGAAUGUGAAAUUACUCGAAAUGAUUCUAGAGACUCGUUUCACAGCUCCAGCUCGCAGGAUUUGCAAAAUGAUACAGUUUUUCCUAAGUUGAAGAUUACGGAGGUCAGCAAGGCUUGGUUGAAUCUGAUCAAACCGAAAACCGAGUGCACUGUAGUGUUGGCAGAGAUUAGAGAAGAUUGUUUAAUUGAUAGAUUCGAUGAUUCGAAUGAAGGGAAGAAUGAAAAUGAUAACACAAAUGAGAUUGAGAGUGAUGUUAAAGAGUCGAUGAUGAACGAAAUGAAUGUUAAUGUUGAUCGAGAAGACGAAACCGCUGAAGAAAAUUUAGAAAUUGGUGAACAGAAAUUGGUAACAGGUGAGAUCGAUGAUUUCGAUUACAGAUUGACAGUAAAUGAAGUAGACAAUGAUAUCCUGAAAGAAGAAUCAGUACUAGAUGAAGUGAAAAAUGAAUUUAAUGAAGAACAAAAAUUGGUAACAGAUAAAAUUGAAAAUUUUGAUCACCAACUAACAGAAAAUGAUAUUGUUAAAGAAGAGUUAGUAUUAGAUGAAGUACAGAAUGAAGUUAAGGAAGAAACAAAGGAAAAUGGACAAAUAAUAAAUGAUCAAUCUGAUAAAUCGACAACGGAAUACAGAAGAAGAAUUUUUGUAAAUGAAUCAUUAAGAAAUCUGAUGAAUCGUCAGGAUUUUUCAUCGAAUGACUUUGGAGAAGAAAAUUCAAGUUUAGAGGAGAGUAGUGAAAGUUUAAACCAACCAGAAGAAGAUUCUCAAGGAUCGAAUAACAAAAACCCCGACGAGGUGAAAGAUAACAAAAUUAUUACAAAAGCUGAAAUUUUUGAAAGAAAAGAAAGCAUCAGUGUCCCAGUUGACGUUCGAAGAAACUCUUUCCUGGAAAAUAUGCUGUCUAAAGAUUCGGAUCAAAUCUGGACGAGUUGUGAAAUUGUUGCUGCUCAUCCAAAAACAUCUUCCUUGAUAAUAAAUGAGGAAUCACCUUCAGAAAAUAAAAUUGCAAUCAGAUUAAAUGAUUCGAUAAGCAAGGACCUAGAAAUCCAACAAAUUUUACAAGAAUCCAAAGCGUUGUUAAAAAAGGUAGAUACCAGUGUUCCAAAAUUAAUCAGACCUAAAAUCACCCCUCCAUCGAAGGAGAAAAAUCCUGGCGAGAUAAAGUGCACAGUGUUAAACGAAUUGCUGUCCAACUUCAACAGUAUUAAAUUGAAGCCAGCGAAGAAAGUCAUCGUUGAAACUCUUCCUCAAAUGACUGCUUCUAUUCACCAAAAUGUGGAUCAACAGAAUUUAGAAACUUCAAGAAACCUGGAGAAUUUGCAUGGUAAGAUAACCAAGGAAACUUCCGACGGAGUCUCUGACCCAAAACCAAAAAUGCUCUCAUUGGAACAGGAGGAUAAGAUUAUCUCUUCGGCAUUUAAAGUUUCAAAUUCAAAUGACUACGACAAUAAGAUCCAAGAAUUACCAAGAGAAUCAGACACCAGCGUUAGGGAAGAAGAUCCAAAGAAAUUAACAAGAUCCUCGGAAGAACUAAUUAAAAUGUCAGAAAUGAAUCUAUACAGAGCCAAGGUUAUCCAGAACGAAGAUUCUUCAGAAUCGUCGAAAGAUACGAGCGAGGAUCGCGUCGAAUUGCAGGAUCAAAAUGUUGAAAAUAAUACGGAGGUCAGCGCGAACCCUUUGAAAAGUGAAAAGACUGACGUAACAGUACACGAAUCUGACGAUCGUGAUCGCGGAGAGGAUGAAAAUAUGAAUUAUAAUCGAGUUGAACGGUUAGAUUUAAGAAGCAGGAGGACGUUUAGCGGCGAUAAGAAGAGUGCCAUAGUUAGGAGGAUCCCUCGACCCCGUUGUAAUAAUAAUGACAAUAACAGGGCAGUAACACCCGUAGCUGUAAGUGACGACCAAUCCCGUGACACUGUAACAAUAACCCCAGGUAGAGUUAGGAGCUUCGUUAGGUAUUACGAGAUUCGACGCGAGGCGACCACCACCGACAAAGAUUCUAAAGAUAGAGAUAAAUUAGAUAGAGAUAAGGUUGCCGGACACCGGUCGGUCGUCAGCAUCUGUAGAGGUCUGGAGGCGAAAUCCAAGUCCUCCGACGCGAAGGACACCCUUCGGGCAUCGCUAAUGGAGAAGAAUCCGGAAUCGAUCGGUUGCCCCGUGUACGUGGAUCGCUUAACCGACGAGAAGUCUAACGUCGAGGAAUUGAAAGACGAUUCAAGGACCGGUUCGUCGCGAGAGCCUUGCGGCGAUUCGUACGCGCAGUCCGGUAAGAAGAAGAGAAAGAAGUCGGUGAAAUUUCAAGGUGGAUUCACGGUGAUCGGUGCGAAAAGUCCUGACAAAGAUCGCUCCUCCGGGAGUCGGGAUACGAGAACUGGAAGGAAAAGGGCUCCCGACAGGCCGACGCUGAAAGGAGCCGUUUUCAGUGGGAAAGUGGAUCGCCAAGAUGCCGAGAAAUUGGCGGACGAUGACUCGCGAAUCGAGAAACGAGACGUUGCUGCUCAGAUACAAGCCGCAGCAGAAUGCAAGGAAUGUUCAGGUAUUAAUCGCUUCGUUCCAAAACCAGAAACCCCACGCCUCGUAUUUUAUUGUACUGUAUAGUUAAAUUGUAGUUUCUAUAAGUCGUCGUGGUCGUCGUCGUUCCCCUCGAAUCUCACUGUAAAAUCUUCCCGCGACAUUUUUAUUACGUCCCAGCUGUAUCAUUGUUUCUCAAACGUUCUAUUCUUUUUUUAGGGUCUUAACCGAAGAACAGAUUUUGCAAUAUUUCAUCUUUGUAUCUAACAAAUUAUAUAUUUCUCUGUUUUAUUUACAGGAAAAUUUAAUUAUGAUAAUAUAGCAAAUGAUAAUAAUUAUUUUUUUAAAUUUCAUUUUUAGAAAAAUAGUAGAUUUGCCAAACGCUAUAAUUCUUUAUUUAGCAAACAAAUUAGUCCAAAUUGUGUUGAGAGAAGAAUUUUGUAUUUAACUACACCAUUUGUCCAAUGCACAUUUCCUGUAACGUUCAUGGUUAAAUGGUAACAAGCAGAUGUUCCCUUUUCCCAAGAGGAUUUAGAGUUAUCGCGGGUUCACUGGGCAAACAAAUUUUUCGGUCAACUGCAUUAGUUGUCUUUGGUCUGGAUUUAUUUAAUUCGGCUCGGUUAGAGGUAAGCACGUUUCCACGGUGCUUGUCCUUGCAAUUUCUUGCAUCAUUUUGUUCCACUUACUUUACGUGUUUUCGGCUAAUGCGGCUUUCCUAGAUUUAUUACACCCUCCAGGAAGAGGAACAAAAACCCUGCGUUCUGUGGCUUUGUUCGAAUCCCUGUUUCUUGUGUGACGUAAUGACCUGUCGCGACAAUUUUGUAAAAUACCAUUGAUUGAAGUAGAUCUAAAAAUUAAUAGGAGAAAUUAUGAACUUUAAAUGAAAAUUCUUAUAUUCAUUAUCUAUGAUUUAAUUUUAGUGUUAUUUGUUGAGUUUGUUUAGUAUAAUUGAUUUUAAAUAGUAUUAUUAUUGAGUUAGUAAUUUCAGAUAGCUAAUUGAAAAAUAAAAAAUGUAUUUUUAGAUUGAAUUGAUUAGUCAUGAUUUUUUGCAAAAAUUACUUUAAUUAUAAUCAUUUGCAUGGUGAUUCAAUUACUUCAGGUAUGAAAAUUAGACUUAAUUAGAUGCAAUUAAACAAUCUAUUUCUUUUUUUUUUUUGGUAAAGAGUUAAUUGAAAAAGGAAUAGUAAAUAAUGAAAAAUAAAAUAUAAAAAAAUAAUUAUAGAUAAUUAAUUAGUUUUUGUAGGGUGAUAAUUUAAUUGUUAGUAGAAGAAUGUGCAGUGGUAGUGAUAUUUAAAUUAAGAAAAUAGGACAGCAAUCGUAAGAAAUAAAGCGUUCUAUAUAAAAAAGAGAAAAUGGAAAUCUGUUCUUUCGUUAAGCUCAAUUUGCACGGUUAGCUUCCGUUCUCCGAUCGCCUUAGUCGUCUAUGUUAAACGAAACGGCAAACAGCUUUUAGCUCUGUUAUUGUCGCAACCUACCUUGCGCAUCCUUUCUAUAGGAGAACGUUGUUUUUUCGCAGAUAAAAUAUCGUAACGCAGAUUUCGCGCGCGUAUUAACCCCAUUGUUCUGCGUGUAUCGUGUAAUCUUAAUGUAAAGGUGGAAGUAAUUUUACGUGGUAGAGUAGAACAUGGAAAUACUAUACUUGUUGCGCUGUUUUCGUUGCGUAUACGCGUUCAGCUGUUCGAUUUAAAUACACGUUAGUAUUUCAGUGUCGUAAAAAGUGCUAUCAUUUCGGUGCUCACGAGUCAUUUAUGUGUAUGUACCGUGCGAGGAGCAUAACAGUCAUUAGAGUGAAAAUGUGACAUAGUGAAACUUCGAAUUAAUUUUUAAAUUUCAAGCUUCCAAUUUACCAAUUUAUAUUGUUGCUAUAAGAGUUACUUUUGUUUGAAUUAUCCGAGUAUAUGGAAUUCGCACUGCUGAUCACCGGUGAUCACUGGUGAUCCCCCAUGGCAUUCAACGUUUUAAUUAAGGAAUCCUAAUUGAAGAGUACAAAUUAACCCUUUGAGGUCUUCUGUCUGCAUUCAAUCGCCACAUCAGGGUGAUUUUUGGAAUAUUUUUUAUAUUUCAGUUAUGCUCUAUAGGAAUAUAAAAAAUAUUUUAAAGAUCUUUUAAACAAAUAAUUAAGCCCAUAAUUAGCUAGGUUCAGUGCUGCAUAAACAUGAUAGUUUGUGUUUUUCCAUUUAAAAUUUUUAGUUAACCAUUAAUUAAUCAAAGGAAAAAUUAUUUAAAUAAUUCUAAGGUAUUUCACUGGUUAUUCUAUUUAUUAUUAAUUUUGAAAUUGCAAUUAAUAUCUGACAAUUUAAAUAAAAAUAAAGUGACGAAUAAUUACGUGGUCAUCAAGGUGUUAAAUCAGCCUUUGUUUCAAAAUAUCUUAAUUGAAUUUAUUGUAAUUAACAACCACCCAUUUUGCAUUAAGAAUAUUAAUAAAUAUUUUACCAUAAAAAUUUCUAUGAAAUAUUAAACUUUACAUUGACGUCCCAUAAGUACCAUUUUGUGGUACUUUUAUGUUAUCAAGUUAUGUCAAAUAUUUUACGUUUUUCAAGUUAAUCAUUUGAUAUGCAACAACCCAAAAAAUUCACUGUUACGCGACAUGCAAACAGGAAAUGGUGAUAAAUGGCACGUGCACACGAAUCGAAAUGGCAGUAUUUUUGGCAAAGAGCACAACGACACGCACGAAAGGUGAUACACACACCCACACAUACACAUAUAGACAAGAAUUUUUUGUUCGAAAACGUGCAAUUAUUUGAUCGAAUGAGAUUAACGCAACGUGAUUAUACAAACGUUUUAUUCGCCUCUCUGUUGACUUAUUGUAAGUAUGAUAAUUUAUCGUUCGUGCGAGUGGAUUACUUUAUACGAUGUAGAAGACGAUUAAUGAUAACAAAGUGAGUAAAGUGUCGUUGAUACAAUAGGAACACAUAAAUGGAAUGCUUUUUAAGACUUACAAUACUAUUAUUAUUAGAGAGGGUGAAGAUUAUAGUGGUAUAAGUCAAUUUUUUAAAUAUUUUAUUUAUCAGAAGCCUAUUGGGUUAAUUGUAACCCAAACUUGCAAAAUAUAUAGGUCAAUUCAUAUAUUAACAAAAUAACAUCUAAAAUAAUAAUUUGAAGCUUAUCCUUAGAAAACAGUAAUAAAUAAAAUCUAAAAUUAAAAUUAAAUCGUUGCUAUUUUAGAGAUCCAACAUUCAAGAGUUAAUAAAUCUUUGGAAUUCAAGAUUGAAAUAAUAAAAAUUGGUUGUGGUAUAAUUAGGAAAUAUUUAAAAAAAUAAUAUGCAGUUCUAUUUUAAAAAAAGGGAUAUUUUUUAUGAAAUGUAAUCGUGAUAUUUAUUAGUUAUUCCACUACAAUUUUUUAUUUUUUAAAAUGAAUACGAAGAUGACUUACCCUAUUAUAACUUUUACCCUUUCAUGUAUAUUCAGUCGAAUCCGUUUGUGUUCGUGCAAAACCUGGAUGUAGAAUAAAAGUAAAAAAAUAAUGAAUCGAUUUCCUUGCGAAUGUAUUUGAUUUCUUUGAAGUAGUUCAGUAUCUCGAGGAAGUUUGUAUAUACGUGAAUUUCGAUUAUUUUAUGCUUGGAUUUCAUUUAAGGUACCAGCUAUGUAAAUAUGGAUUGCACGAAGAAGAAUAACAUCUUGAAAUAAGGAAAAAUGUCAGAUGUCAGUACCGAAGGAAGGUGAUAUUGUUUGAAUUCUAAAUAUUGAAGUAUCUGUUAUUUUUAUGCAAAUUUUAUGAAAAUAAUGAGUUUAUUGUUUGAACAGCAAUCAUUGAUAUAAUAAAUAAAACACCAGUGAAUAUUACAAUUCAACUAAAAAGAAGGUUUUUUAUUCUUAAAAUUAUCUAUUAUUGAUUUAGUUUCCUUUUGUAUUACAUUUGUGAUUGUUAAUAUAAUAAAAUAUACACCACGUAUGUUUCUCGUAAUAAUAUUUAUGAAAUUAACAAUCUCAGGAAGUUAACGUGACCUGAGAAGAUUUAAAAUUGAAUAAAAUAAUCCAAUUUAGCAUCUCGAUUUGAAUUACGUGUAAACAAAUAAUACAUUCCAAUUUUUAAUCUUAAUCCUUGGAUGGCAGAGCUUGGGUCAAUCGUGACCUAGAUUUAUAAAACGUGUGCAAUAGUAUAUUGAUUAAAAUUGGAUUUUAAUUUUCAAACGAAGGUAUUCAUAUAUUGAAAAAAUAAUAUUCAAAGCAACAGUUUAAUACGUUUAUACAGAAAUAUUUAAUAUUUUUUAAAUAAUUUAUUUACUUUCUUUGAGCAUCUGCGGUUUGCUCGAAGACAAAUGGAAACGACUGUUGCAUAUAUUUAGAGACAUAUAUAUGCAUAUGUACUUAUACAAGAUGAAUGUGAGUAUUAUUACGCGAUAAUGAUUCUGUAAAACGCAACGCAAUUAAUUUCCCAAACCCCGUUCGUUGUGCGACCUUUUAUAACAUUAAUUUACGUGGAUAGCUAGCGUAAAGCCUGUAAUUUUCAAGAUUCAUCGUGUUUCGGUGUGUUACGCUUGAAAACAUGGCCUGAGAAAGCAAUAAAACGCGGUACAGUGGAUUCUUUUCGUUUGAAUGCAGUUUUCAAGAAUUCUCUGGAUUUUGAACACGGAGGUAGAUAUUUUUCGAAUUUUAAUAAUUUUAAAGAUAUACUUAGAUAUUAAAUUUAGGUAUUAUCACAUAUAACCGAUUUCUCAAAGGGAAGAAAUAUUUAAACAAAUAUUAUAACAAUGUUAUAAGAAGGCCUAAUUGAAAAAUGAAGCGUUUUUUUACCCUUAAUAAUUUUUAU